AUGUGUCCUAUGAUCCUCAAUCGCCUGUCCGAUGGUCCCGCUAUGGUUCUUUCUCCUUCCCAGGAAAACGCCUUCGGCCAGCUCCCCUCCCAGUCCCUGUUGGAUACCCCGACCAGCUUCCACACCUAUACGGGGACCUUCAACUCUACCUUUGGCAGUAGCUACACCCAGCCAGCCGUGAAUGCCAAUGUCUCCGCUGCUCCCGCUCCUCCCCAGCCCUCUCGCAAGAGGUCGCGUGAUGACGCUGCCUUUGGUGACAUCCUCGCCGUCAACGCGCCUCCCAUGCCCCAGCCUGCUCCUGCGCCCAAGGAGGAGCCUAUCUAUGGCGAAGGCAUGGUUCUGCUGAAUCCGCAGACGGGUAUGGCUGUCUCUGCCGACAGCCAAACGGGCACCUGGUAUGAAGAAAAGGCCGAGUCGCAGCAAGCCGCGGCUGUCCCAAUCUCGUCGCGAUCCACUGCAUUCCACUCAGAUGGUGCCGAUAUCAGCCGCAAAGCUCAGCGGCUCGAUACCUCUGCGCCUGGGCUGGAUGACAUUGCUCUUGCCUCAAUGCAGGAGCGUCUGAACGGCUCCAGCAUGGCCGACCAGCACCGCACCGCCCCGUCCACGCCCCCAGCCGAACCACUCAUUGACGAUGCCACUCGCCUCCUGGGCAUCAGCUGGCAGCGCGUUGAUACCGACAACGACAUGGCCCCUGCUGUCCGUGGCUGGACUAAAUAUAUCGACAACCAGUAUGCCGCCUAUCUGCACGACUCGCAGAUGCUCAUGAAGAGCCGCGCGCUGAACGCCUAUCUUGUCGCCGCCACGCCAGUGUGCGCUUUCUCACCGGCUUUCUACCUCUUCAACGAAGACCUCACUCAGGGUCAACUCGUGGCCUCCUCAUGGGAUGCAUGCCUUUACAACCUUCGAUCCACUCCUCCUCUCUUUGAAGGGCCGGCUCCUCUCGCGGCUGCUGGCCGCUCGCAAUCUGCCACCAACCCCUUCACCACUGCCGCCGAAUCCGGGGUGCCUCUUCUCCAUCAGGCCCUUUCCAGCCACUCGCACUCGCCCUCUUGCGGCAUGGACGCGGGAGCGGGACUGAACGGAGGCGUCGAAAUGGGAAUGGAAAUUGACUCCUAA